UCUAUGUUAUAGUUAAGCGUAUUUUUAUUUUAUUUUCUGAUAACGAUUAUAAGCGUAUCUUUAGGUUAGCGGGGCAGCCAUGAAAGAUCUCACCUUAGAGCUUAAUAUCAACUCAGCAAGUGACCUUGAGAAUGUCAACUACAUCACGAAGAUGAACGUUUACGCCGUCAUAACCCUUUUGGGCGACAAAAAGAUUCAUCAGAAAGUGAAAACCGGUGUAGAUCGCUACGGUGGAUCUAACCCUAACUGGAAUCACGCCGUCAAAUUUCCUGUCAAUGAGAGAUUAGCCCGAGAAGGUCGUCUAACCCUCGUCGUGGGAUUGUUCUCCAGUCGACUCCUAGGCGAUAAAGAUAUUGGUAAGGUCGAGGUCCCAUUAGUAUACCUCUUGCCGUCAACUAACGGUAACGGUAAUGACCAUGGGAUGAAGUUUGCGACGUAUCAGGUGAGAACUCCGUCAGAGAAAAUGAAAGGUUCUUUGACUUUCUCGUACCGUAUACCGUUUAUUUCCGGUCAGCCUUACCAACAGGUACCAGCUUCGUGGGCUUCUCCGACUCAUGGUUAUGGACCGUAUGGACCGUAUGGGUACAUGCCGCAGCCGCCACCCCCACCUCAGUAUACGAAGGAUGAAGAAAUAAGGUUACAGAAAGCUGAUCUUGUUAUUUCAGCACUGUCAUUAUUUCGUUAGUGAUAAAACAAAACAAAUGUUAUUCCCCAAUAAAUCGUCAAUUUCCAAUUUAUAUUUGUUCGUUGAAUUAUCAAACUAAAGUAACGAGGAAAAUACUUUAGUGAUUUACCCGGCCACUUGUUUUUUUUAUAAAAAAAAAAAACACUAGUAUAGAUGAUUACGAUGAUUAUUAAUAAGA